AUGAUAAACUGGGUGAAGCAAAUAGACUUAUUUUGCAAGCCAAUUACAUUAAAUAUUAAUGGAAAUACUGUUUAUAAAACUUUUUUAGGAGGCAUUUCUACAGUUUUUGUUUCAGUCCUUUUGAUUGUUUUCUUCUACAAUACAAUAAACGAGUUCGCUAACAAAUAGAAUAUGACUAACACAUCAAGCACUUUCUUUAACGAUGAUCCACCUUUUAUAAAUUUGAAUAGUUAAAAUAUGAUGUUUGCAGUAUCUAUUUAGCAAGAUAACUUUAUCACUAAUCCCUAUUAUGACAUUCAAAUAACAUACUACAAUAAUAGCAGAGACCACUAAGGAAAUGUUAAACCAAAUAAAAAAUCAUUUCCAUUAGAACCUUGCACAUUAGAUCAUUGGAUGUAACUUCCAAAAGAUUAUGAUUGGGAAACAAAAUUCACUUAAAUGAAUUUUACUAAUUGGCUUUGUCCAAAGAUUGAUUAUGAGAUGGUAUUGGGUGGAGUUUAUACUAGUAAUAUAUUUAGUUAUUAUAAAAUUUAAGUGGUAGAUUGUGUGGAUAAUCCUGCUAUAAAUAAAAAAUGUAGAUCAACUUAAGAAAUAGAUAGUUUUUUGAAAUAUAAUGAUGGUGCAAUUAGAUUUUAAUUGUACCAAUCAAAUAAUAUAGUUAAUCCUGAUUAGUAAAAUCCAGUUAAAUCAUAUUUGAGUGAUGUGACUUAAUUUCUCUUUUCACCUAAGCAACUAUAUGUUACAUGCAAUCUGUUUUAUUCUCAGACAACACUCAAUAUAAAUGAAAAUAUAUGGGUAGGUUCAAAUAUUAAAACAACACUAAUUCCUUAUUUUGCUUAAGAUGAAACUGUUACUUAAUAUAUUCCAGCAGAAACAUCAGCUUAUGCCAGCUUUUUUUUGAGAAAAAGUAUGUUUUAAAAUACUGUAAAUAGGUAGUAUCAGUAAGUUGAUGCAUUGAUUUCUUAUAUUGGUGGAUUUGCAUAGGCUGUAGUUAUUUUAGGUUCAUUUAUAAUAGGAUUUUUUAAUGAGCGUGAAUUUUAAAUAGAACUUGCUAAUAAAUUAUACGAUUUUGAAAUGAAAAAUAAGCAUGAUAAUGAAUAAAAUAAUAGAAAUUAGCUUAUUUAGUAAAAUUUAAGAUCUAGUAGUCGUAAUGGAACAUAGAUAGAGGGUAAAUAGAUUAGAGAGUAUAUAAAAAAUACUGCAUCCAGGAAAAGAAGAAAUGCAGUCAUUUUAAAUGAAGAUGAUCCAAUUAUCGAUUAACUCAAGCACAUUCAUCCAGACCAGUCUACACCUUCUGAAUAAGAAACCCCUUUAGAAUUGCAAAACUAAAAUUAAUUGAAAAAUGAAAUUAAUUAAAUUAAAUAAGAAGAUUAAGAGCAGUAAUAAGAUAGCAAAAUUGAGAAUCAAACAAACGAAAAUGUUCCAAGUUUGAUUAUGUUUGACAAUAAUACUAAAAAAAAAUAAAAAUUAAAAAUUAUUAUUGAAGAGGAUUCUAUCUAGGAAUAACUAUCAGAUUAAUUUAAUAUUAAAUAAGAUUUUUCUGCUUAAAAUAACAAAUUAAUAAAAUCUCUAUAAUUAUAAACCAAUACAGUUAUCAAUUCAUAAGCAGUUACAAGUGAUAAUGAUAAUUUUUAAUUUAGCUCGAAAAAAAUACUUUUUGAUUAACCAAAUUCAAACAAGCUAUCACAUAACUAAAUAGAAUUAAUGGAAGUAGAUUAAUAAUAAGGUUUUAAUAAUUAAGAUGCUAUUAAAUUUAGGUAAUCUAAAGAGUUGGAUUAGGUUGCAUACAAUUAGGAUUAGUUAGAAAAAAAACAAGCAAUUAAAACUAUUUCAAAUUUUAUAUGGAAAAAAAAACAAAAAUAAGAAAAGAAUAAUAAUUACAAUAAUUAGGGAAAUUUAGAAAAUUAGGAUUAAGAUAAUAAAGAAACAUAAAGUAACAGUGAAAAUAUUGGUGGCAAAUUUAACUUUAAAUCUAGAAGAUCAUUCUUAGUUAACUAAUUUUAGGAGUUGAUUUCAAGAUAGAAUAAAAUAUAGAUUGAUAUAAAAUACUAUUUAAAUAAGUUACUAUGUGGCAAAUACUUUAAGUCAGAAGAGAAUGCACUUAUAGAUAGGGCAUAGCAGGAAAUAAAUAAAGAUUUGGAUGUGUUCUAUAUGAUUGAAAGGAUAAAAGAAGUUGAAAAAAUGAAAAAGGUAUUAUUUGACAAAGAAUAAUAAAUUCUCUUUAAUUUUUGCCCGAAACCAAUUAUAAAACUUAAAGAUGACAACACAUUGAUGACUAGAGCAUAGUUGCAAAAUAAAGUGUAAUCAAGUACAUAACUUCAUAAAUAAUAAAGUAUGCCAAAAAGAAAGAGAUCAUUAUUUACUUCUGGGAAACUUCUCUAAAAUACUAUACAAGCAGUUAACUAGUUCAAAAAAGGACUUAAAAAAAAUGAAUUUGUAGAAAUGAAUAUGUAUAAGUAUUUGUUCGAAGCAUACGACACAAUAAUGUAAUUAGAUCCUAAGCUACUAAAAAGAAAAAAUAAAAGCUUGAUUAACUAACUUGGAGAAGAAAUGAGAGACAUAUUUAAAACAUCAAAACUGGUUAAUUUUGAAAAUAAAUCACCUUUAAAAACAAAUACGAGAUCUCUUUAAAGAGAUAUAGAUAACUAUUAUCAAGAAAACGAGGAUAAUUAGUCUUAAAAAAAUCAAUUUGAGCAACCUUUUUAAAAUCAAAUCUAAGAGAUUAAUCAAUAAAAUAACUUAGAUCAAAAAAAGGGGUUUGGAAGAAGAUUAAAAAAAUAGAAAACUUUUAAUGAAAUAGAGUUAAAUGAUAGCUUAGAUGAAGUAGAUAAAGAUUUUAAUUAAAAAUAAAAUUGUAUUGAGGAAGGAGUUAGUGAUUAAGAAGAAGAAGAUGAUGAUAAUUAAGAAGAACACAAAUCAGAAAUGGAAAAUUAAAAUAAAAAAGAGUUAAUUAGAUUCUCGUCUGAUACACUUUCUGUUUAUUCAAUUGAUAACAAAAAGCCACCUUAGAAUUAACAAGAUAAGAUAGAUGAAUUAUUUACGAACAGAGUUUCUAUACAAGGAAUAAAAAAUGAAGAUAAUAAUAACAAUAAUUUUGAUAAUGCUUAAAUUUUAGUUACAGAAGAACCAUAAAUACAAACAUAAAAUUCAGAGGCUUCAUUUAACUAAUAUAAAGAUUACUAUUCUCAUAAUGAACACAUAAAUACUAUAUUUUCACCUAAGUAAGAUGAAGAUCAUCCUUUUUAAAAAAACAAAGCUCAAGGUAACAUAUUCUAAAUAGGUUAAUAAAAUGCUAAAAAUUAAGAAUAGCCUGAUAAUAGUACAGAAAAAAAUUGA